GCGCGAGGCUGGCGUCUGGCCGCCGGCGGCCGGCCGCGCGGGAUUAAGUGUCUCGGUCACGCGUGAGUGUGUGUGUGGGUGUGUGCGCGCGCGCGUCUAUCCCGAAGCUCCUCGCCGGGCCGUUACUUACGAGGAGACGAGCGCGUGCGUGGGCGAGGCGAGCCAGCCCGAGUGCCCGGUGAUCCCGGCUUCCCCAGCCCUCCGCCCCUCUCGCGUCCGCCGCGAGCCGGGAUUCCAUUUGGGUUUAUAACCAUUAUUGAUAUAAGUACAGAACUUCGGGAAAAAAAUGUUGGAAACCAUAGACAAAAAUCGAGCCCUGCAGGCCGCAGAGCGCCUGCAAGCCAAGCUGCGGGAACGUGGGGAUGUAGCAAACGAAGACAAACUGAGCCUCCUGAAGUCAGUCCUGCAGAGCCCACUCUUCAGCCAGAUUCUGAACCUCCAGACUUCCAUGCAGCAGCUCAAAGACCAGGUAAACAUUGCAACUUGUACAACUUCAAAUGUUGAAUAUGCUCACAUUCCUCAUCUUAGUCCAGCUGUAAUGCCUACUCUGCAAAGUGAAUCAUUUUUAUUAUCCCCAAGUAAUGGGAAUCAGGAAGCACUUACAGCAUCUGGUGCUCCACACAUUAAUGGAAAGCCAGCUUGUGAUGAAUUUGAUCAGCUGAUUAAAAAUAUGGCCCAGGGUCGCCAUAUAGAAGUUUUUGAGCUCCUCAAACCUCCGUGUGGAGGCCUUGGGUUUAGUGUUGUGGGACUAAGGAGUGAAAACAGGGGUGAGCUGGGAAUAUUUGUACAAGAAGUUCAGGAGGGCAGUGUGGCUCACAGAGAUGGAAGAUUGAAGGAGACAGAUCAGAUCCUUGCUAUCAAUGGACAGGCACUUGACCAGACAAUUACUCAUCAGCAGGCUAUCAGCAUCCUCCAGAAAGCCAAAGAUACUGUCCAGCUGGUUAUUGCCAGAGGCUCCUUGCCUCCACUUAUCAGCCCCAUAGUUUCCCGUUCUCCAUCUGCAGCCAGUACAAUUUCAGCUCACUCUAAUCCGGUUCACUGGCAGCAUGUGGAAACUAUUGAACUGGUGAAUGACGGAUCUGGUCUGGGAUUUGGCAUCAUAGGAGGAAAAGCAACUGGUGUGAUAGUAAAAACCAUUUUGCCUGGAGGAGUAGCUGAUCAGCAUGGGCGAUUAUGCAGUGGAGACCACAUUCUAAAGAUUGGUGACACAGACCUGGCAGGAAUGAGCAGUGAGCAGGUAGCACAAGUCCUCAGGCAAUGUGGAAACAGAGUUAAGUUGAUGAUUGCAAGAGGUGCCAUGGAAGAAUCUGCUGCACCCUCCUCUUUGGGCAUUACCUUCUCCUCCUCCCCUUCUUCUACGCCAGAGAUGCGGGUUGAUGCUUCUACUCAGAAAAGUGAAGAAAGUGAAACAUUUGAUGUAGAACUCACGAAAAAUGUCCAGGGAUUAGGAAUUACCAUUGCUGGUUACAUUGGAGAUAAAAAAUUAGAACCUUCAGGAAUCUUUGUAAAGAGCAUUACCAAAAGCAGUGCUGUUGAACAUGAUGGAAGAAUCCAAAUUGGAGAUCAAAUUAUAGCAGUAGAUGGCACAAACCUUCAGGGUUUUACCAAUCAACAAGCAGUAGAGGUGCUGCGCCACACAGGGCAAACUGUGCGCCUGACACUAAUGAGGAGAGGGACAAAGCAGGAGGCUGAGCUCACGUCAAGGGACCACAACACAAAAGAUGCGGAUUUGUCUCUUGUUAAUGCCAACAUGAGCAAAGAAAAUUAUGAAAAAGAUGAAGAUUCUUCAUCUUUGAGGAGAAAUACAAGCAUAUUACCAAUUGAAGAAGAAGGGUCUGCAUUACUGUCAGCCGAGAUAGAAGAACAAGAAGAUGCACAGCAAGAAGAAGCUGCUCUGCUCACAAAGUGGCAGCGGAUUAUGGGAAUCAACUAUGAAAUAGUGGUGGCCCAUGUGAGUAAGUUUAGUGAGAACAGUGGGCUGGGGAUAAGUCUGGAAGCAACAGUGGGGCAUCAUUUCAUCCGAUCUGUUCUACCAGAGGGUCCCGUCGGACACAGUGGAAAGCUCUUCAGUGGAGAUGAGCUGUUGGAAGUGAAUGGCAUCACUUUGCUUGGAGAAAAUCAUCAAGAUGUGGUCAAUAUUUUAAAAGAACUGCCUAUAGAAGUGACAAUGGUGUGCUGUCGUCGAACUGUGCCACCCACAGCAGAAUCAGAACUGAGUAGCCUGGACUUAUGUGAUAUUGAGCUAACAGAAAAGCCUCAUGUAGAUCUAGGAGAGCUCAUCGGGUCCUCAGAAACGGAGGAUCCAGUGCUGCCCGUGACGGAUGUGGUUCAGAAUACGGAGGCGGUUCAAGCACCUUUGGCCAUGUGGGAGGCUGGCGUUCAGCACAUCGAGCUGGAAAAGGGGAGCAAAGGACUUGGUUUUAGCAUUUUAGAUUACCAGGAUCCAGUUGAUCCAACAAGCACGGUGAUUGUCAUUCGUUCUUUGGUACCUGGUGGCGUUGCUGAAAAGGAUGGUCGCCUUCUUCCUGGAGAUCGCCUCAUGUUUGUCAAUGACGUGAACUUGGAGAGCAGCAGUCUUGAAGAAGCUGUAGAGGCGCUGAAGGGAGCACCCUCAGGAACUGUGAGGAUAGGAGUUGCUAAGCCUUUACCUCUUUCACCAGAAGAAGGUUAUGUCUCUGCGAAGGAGGAUUCCUUUCUCUACCCACCACACUCCUGUGAGGAUGAAGGGCUGACUGACAAAGCCCUCUUCAGGGCUGACUUGGCUCUGGUGGACACAAAUGAUGCUGACCUGGUGGAUGAGUCCACAUUUGAAUCUCAGUACUCUCCUGAUAAGGACAGUGUCUACUCUCCUCAAGCCUCUAUUUUAUCUCUUCAUGGCAGUGCUGGUAGCGAUGGUAUGAACUACGGUUCCUCCCUUCCAUCAUCGCCUCCCAAGGAAGUUACUGAGCAUUCUUCUGAUCCAGUUCUUGAUCUGCAUAUGUCCUUCGAGGAACUCUAUACCCAAAAUCUGCUGCAAAGAAAGGAUGAGAAUUCACCUUCAGUGGACUUGAGCAUGGGGCCUGCUUCUGGGUUUACCAUAAACGAUUACACACCUGCGAAUGCUAUUGAACAGCAAUACAAAUGUGAAAACACAAUAGCAUGGACUGAGACUCACUUACCAAGUGAAGUUAUAUCCCGUGCAGAACUUACCUCACCUGUGCUAUUUGAUUCAACUGGAAAGGGCUCUGAGUACUUGACUGAACAGAACUCCCUGGUUUCUAAUUCUGAAUGUGUCAUGCUCCAAAACAUAUCCAAAGAAUCUUUUGUGAAAACUAUUACUGCAGCAAAAGGCAAUUCUAGCCUAGGGAUGACAGUAAGUGCUAAUAAAGAUGGAUUGGGGAUGAUAGUUCGGAGCAUUAUUCAUGGUGGUGCCAUUAGUCGAGAUGGCAGGAUUGCAGUUGGGGACUGUAUCUUGUCCAUUAAUGAAGAAUCUACCAUCAGCUUAACCAAUGCUCAGGCACGAGCCAUGCUCAGAAGACAUUCUCUCAUUGGGCCUGACAUAAAAAUUACGUAUGUGCCUGCAGAACAUCUGGAAGAGUUCAGAAUGAGCUUGGGACAACAAUCUGGAGGAAUAACGUCCCUGGAUGCGUUGCCUUCAUACACUGUCAGAGACAUGCCAGAACUACCAGAGCGAGAAGAAGGAGAAGGAGAAGAAAGCGAACUUCAGAAUGCAGCGUACAGCAAUUGGAAUCAGCCCAGGCGGGUUGAACUUUGGAGAGAACCAAGCAAAUCCUUGGGCAUCAGCAUUGUUGGUGGACGAGGGAUGGGGAGUCGUCUAAGCAACGGUGAAGUGAUGAGGGGCAUUUUCAUCAAACAUGUUCUUGAAGAUAGUCCAGCUGGCAAAAAUGGAACCUUGAGACCUGGAGACAGAAUAGUAGAGGUGGAUGGAAUGGACCUCAGAGAUGCAAGCCAUGAACAAGCUGUGGAAGCCAUUCGGAAAGCAGGCAACCCUGUAGUCUUUAUGGUACAGAGCAUUAUUAACAGACCAAGGAAAGCCCCCUUGCCUUCUGUGCCGCACAACCUUUACCCUAAGUACAGCUUCAGCAGCACUAACCCAUUUGCUGAUUCUCUCCAGUUCAACGCCUACAAGGCGCCCAGUCAGUCCGAGGCAGAGGCAGAGAAGGCUCCUCUGUGCGAUGGGCCCGCACCCACUCCUUCAGGAUUGGCAGAAAUGGGCAGUGAUCUCACACAGCCUGCAAGUAAAACCUCGGAAGAUGCGGACAAAGAGGAUGAGUUUGGGUACAGCUGGAAAAAUAUCAGAGAGCGUUAUGGAACCCUAACAGGAGAGCUUCAUGUGAUUGAACUGGAGAAAGGUCGUAGCGGUUUGGGUCUCAGUCUUGCUGGAAACAAAGACCGAUCCAGAAUGAGUGUCUUUAUUGUGGGGAUUGAUCCAAAUGGAGCAGCAGGCAAAGAUGGUAGAUUGCAGAUUGCCGAUGAGCUUCUAGAGAUCAAUGGUCAAAUUUUAUAUGGAAGAAGUCAUCAGAAUGCCUCUUCAAUCAUUAAAUGUGCCCCUUCUAAAGUAAAAAUAAUUUUUAUCAGGAAUAAAGAUGCAGUGAGUCAGAUGGCCGUAUGUCCUGGACAUACAGGGGAACCAUUGGCUUCUACCUCAGAGAGCCUUCAAAGUAAGGAGGUCGAGUCUGGUGUUACUAUGUCCGAGGUAGCUGUGGGCCUCAGUUCAUUUAAAAAUGUGCAACAUCUGGAGCUUCCCAAGGAUCAAGGAGGUUUGGGCAUUGCUAUCAGUGAAGAAGAUACAAUAAGUGGAGUCAUCAUAAAGAGUUUAACAGAGCAUGGAGUGGCAGCCAAGGAUGGACGACUCAAAGUUGGAGAUCAGAUCUUGGCUGUAGAUGAUGAAGUUGUUGUUGGCUGUCCAGUUGAAAAGUUUAUUAGUCUUCUGAAGACAGCAAAGACGACGGUAAAACUUACCAUUUGUGCCGAGAAUCCAGACUCGCAGGCUACUUCAGUAGCUGGUGCAGCCAACGGAGGAAAAAGGAGCAGCUCUCAGUCUCCAGUGGUGCCACAGUCGAGCUCUCCAGAACCGGAGCCCAUUCGAAGUACAAGCAGGUCAUCAACACCAGCGAUCUUUGCUUCUGAUCCUGCCACCUGCCCCAUUAUCCCUGGCUGUGAAACAACAAUCGAGAUUUCCAAAGGGCGAACAGGACUGGGCCUGAGCAUCGUGGGCGGGUCAGACACACUGCUGGGUGCCAUUAUCAUCCAUGAAGUAUAUGAAGAAGGAGCGGCAUGCAAAGAUGGAAGACUCUGGGCUGGAGACCAGAUAUUAGAGGUGAAUGGGAUUGACCUGAGAAAGGCCACACAUGAUGAAGCCAUCAAUGUCCUGAGACAGACGCCCCAAAGAGUGCGCCUGACACUCUACAGAGACGAGGCCCCCUACAAGGAGGAGGACGUGUGUGAUGCCCUCACCGUGGAGCUACAGAAGAAACCCGGCAAAGGCCUGGGACUAAGUAUUGUUGGGAAAAGGAAUGAUACUGGAGUGUUUGUGUCAGACAUUGUCAAAGGAGGAAUUGCAGACGCAGAUGGAAGACUGAUGCAGGGAGACCAGAUAUUAAUGGUGAAUGGAGAAGACGUCCGUAACGCCACCCAGGAAGCUGUAGCUGCCUUGCUGAAGUGUUCCUUAGGCACAGUCACCUUGGAAGUUGGAAGAAUCAAAGCUGGCCCAUUUCAUUCAGAGAGGAGACCUUCACAAAGCAGCCAGGUGAGUGAAGGCAGCUUGUCGUCUUUCACUUUGCCAAUUUCUGGAACAAGUACAUCUGAGUCACUGGAAAGUAGCUCAAAGAAGAAUGCAUUAGCAUCUGAAAUACAGGGAUUAAGAACAGUUGAAAUAAAAAAGGGACCUACUGACUCUCUGGGAAUCAGCAUUGCUGGGGGAGUGGGCAGCCCUCUGGGUGAUGUUCCUAUAUUUAUUGCCAUGAUGCACCCAAAUGGAGUAGCGGCUCAGACACAGAAACUCAGAGUUGGGGAUAGGAUUGUGACAAUUUGUGGCACAUCCACGGAGGGGAUGACUCACACCCAAGCAGUCAGCUUACUGAAAAGUGCUUCUGGCUCCAUUGAAAUGCAGGUGGUUGCUGGAGGAGAUGUGAGUGUGGUCACAGGGCAUCAGCAGGAGCCUGCCAAUUCUGCUCUUCCUUUCACUGGGCUUACGUCUAGCAGCAUAUUUCAGGAUGAUUUAGGACCUCCCCACUGUAAGUCUAUUACUCUCGACCGGGGACCAGAUGGCCUAGGCUUCAGUAUAGUAGGAGGCUAUGGCAGCCCUCAUGGAGACUUACCCAUUUACGUUAAAACUGUAUUUGCAAAGGGAGCAGCCUCCGAAGAUGGGCGUCUAAAAAGGGGUGAUCAGAUCAUUGCCGUCAACGGACAGAGUCUAGAAGGGGUAACCCAUGAAGAAGCUGUUGCCAUCCUUAAGCGGACAAAAGGCACAGUCACUUUGAUGGUUCUCUCCUGAAUUGCCUGUCAGAAUUGAGCCAACCCAAGCCCUUGUUCUCCCCUCACAGUACAGACUAUGGAACUUGGCCUGUUGAUGACUUUUCCUAAUGUUUUAAAUAACAUUUGAGUUUUUUUUCUCAUAAGGAAAUGGUUUUCUUAUAACCUAGUAUCACCUUUUCUUUCCUCUUGCAUUUUGUGAACCUAGACCCAGAAGGAGUAUUUAUUUGCAUAGAUAAAUCCAGUUUUCUUUUCUUUUCUUUUCUUUUUUAAGGAAGAUAUAUAAGAUUUUAUCAUCACAUGGGCAAAAAUUCUAAUGUGCUAAACUGGUUAGUAGAGAAAGAAAAAUAAGUGUAAAGGUAACCAAAGAUCUAUGUGUUCAGCAAAUUAGGUGAAAAAGAAAAUAUAGAAUAAAGAAGAAAAUCUUGGAGUUUCAUAAAUGUGUCUCAACUUUGCAACCCACCUCUUCUCCACAGUAAAAAAAAAAAAAAAAUUGUAUUGAAAAUCUUUUAAAAUAUUCCCAGCAUUUAAAAGUUUUGAAUAUUCAAAAUUGUACCUCCCCAAUUAUACAGUUUUUCUGCUAAAAUUUAAUUAUGUGAUUGAGUAAACAGCAAAUAUAUGAAGCAGUUCCCCUAAGCUUUAUAAAGAAAUUAUACAUAAUGCACAUUUUGAUAUUCAUUUUCAUUUUUUGACCUUUUAUAAAAUAUUUUCCUGUUGUUAUAAGUAAAACAAUGAUACUACCCCAUGUUGACUGGAUUUUCCAAAAGCAACCAUGCUGAUCAUGAAGAGACAUUAAAGAAUCUAAGAAUCUUUUACUGCUAGUUUAACAACUAAUGCAAUACUAAAACUGUGUUGAUAUGCUGUAUAAUUGGUUUUCAAUUAGUAUUAAUCUUAAUGACAAAGAAAAAAGCAGUGCAUUAGUAAUUAUUUUGGUUGUGUGCCAUUAGUAAAUUGAUAGAAAAAUUAAGGGGAUUAACAUAACUUCAUUUCAUUGCCUUAUAUUAACAUCUUAUAAUACAAUAGUUUAAGACUAAGGGAAACAGAUGGAACUGUUUAUUGCGACAACUGGUGAGGAAUUAUCAUGUGUUCACUCCCAUUUUAGAGCGUGAAACUCCUACAUUAGAAUAUAUAAAGUCACUUUAAAUAUUAUCUAUAUUUGUAACAGAAGUAGUGUACAGAUAUUUUAUUACAGCAUUUUUGUGUAAAUGAAUAAUUAAAGUGAAUAAAUAAGAAGUUUCAGUGGUGCACAAAUAAAGAAGCAGGCGUGUUUUUUUGUU